AUGUCAGAUUGCUUAGCUCCACAAAACGGCACAGCUUGAAGUCCAUCAGCAAGAUCUGCUUAAAUUUUCGUUUUAAAAAUUGCCUAUGACAAUAACAUUGUAUUAUAUUAUGCAUAUGCAAUGAAUAUAAUAAAAUGACUGAUAUUAGACUACGUUGGAUUAAGUGUUUUUGCUUGUGUGCAUCAGAUCAUCUGUAAAACCAUAAUAAAAGCAAACAAAUAGUGCAGAGUGCAGAUUUAAGUGUUGCCGUCCAACUGUGCGGCAGUCAUAAUGUUAGGGGACUUGAUAACGUGGGUGUUAAACACAUACCUCGGCAAGUAUUUGGAAAACUUGAACUCUGCCCAGUUAUCUGUUGCGUUGUUAUCAGGGGAAGUAGAGCUCGAAAACAUUCCAAUUCGCAAGGAUGCGUUACGUUCCUUCGGCCUGCCCAUCGAAGUGUCGUCGGGAAGUAUUGGUAAAAUUAAGCUUCAGGUGCCGGUUCGACAAUUUCGCACGUCACCAUGGUGCAUCUCUGUGGAAGGAUUAUUUUGUGUCGUUUGUCCCAAAGACUUCGAAAACUGGGAUGAGGCGAAAGAAAAGCUUAUGGACUUGGAGUACAAGCAAUCCGUGUUGGAUACGGCUGAAGCCAAUUGGCGCUCCGAGAAAGGCAAACAGGUGGAAUCCUAUUACUUUUCAUCGUACAACAAUUGGCUUAAAUAUGGCACAAAUAUGGCCACAAAUAUCAUCGACAACAUUGAGCUGAAAAUCAAUGAUGUGCACUUUCGCUACGAAGACAUCGUCGAUGUUGGCAACAGCAAAAUUGCCGCUGGGAUUCGAAUUGGUUCGUUGACAGCUCAGACCUGUGAUUCGAAUUGGACAACGGGUACAAACAAAACCAUAAAUAAUGAUGUUAACUACAAGAUUGUAGAACUAAAAGAAUUAUCCCUGUACUGGGAUACAUUGCACGAUGAAAUCAAGUGUCAGAAGUUCACGAAUCAAGAACUAUUACAGCAUAUGAAUCCGACGUGUCAAUUGCGACCACACGACUUCAUCAUUAAGCCCAUAAGUGCAACCGCCAGAUGGAAACGUGAAAAGUCACCACAGGUUAUUCGUUCCAAGGAGAAGCCACGGGUCUCUUGUGAUCUUCAAGUGCCGGAAGUCAUCAUAGUGUUGUCGAAGACACAACAUGUCCAGAUACAGGAUAAACUUGCGGGAAUUCGACAAAUAAAGGAAAUUUCGCAAUACAGAUUAAAAAGACCUGCAUUCAGUAUUUUGGAAAAUCCCAGAGCCUGGUGGAAAUAUGUUCUCAUCUGCCACGGACGUGAAUUGAAAAAGAAGGACGAAAAGUAUUUAACACUCAAAGAGAACUUAAGAUAUGUGCGUAUCUAUCAAGCGGUUAUCUUAAAUCCCAACGAAAAUCUUUCUACGGAGGACAAAGAGUUUAAAUCGUACAUUGAAAGCGAUCGUGCAGUGGCAGAAUUAAUCAUACUGCGAAGGAUAUGUUUUGAGAAAACAUUCACCAAAGGACUGGCGAUUAAAUCGUACAAUGCCACAGGCAAGCGUAUGUUAUUUCACUGGUUUCCAAACUGGAUGGGAUGGUAUGGUACGAAUAAUGCAGCUAGCACGGAACAGGACGAAACCCUGCAACAUUUGGAAGAUGAUAUAUUGGUUGCUUUAGAACAUUCACUGCAAAGCCAAUCGAAUUUAAAGUGUGAUACUGUUUUUGGUUAUUUUACGAUUGAACUUCUUAAGGGAAUUGUCAUUUUACAAACAGAGGAUGCGAAGAGCGAAAAGAAUGCUUGCAUGGAAAUGCAAUUUAAUAAUCUAUCAUCAUUUCUGCAAUUGAAUCCGAUGUUUACGUCCUACGUUGUUGGCAUAUCGUUGGGAGAAGUCUAUUUGCUGGAUAAAACAAAUAAUGAUUCAAAGCACUGCUAUUUGAUAAAACCACAAACAGAGAGAUCAACGUUAACGCAUCAAUCAGAUCUGCGAAUUACGACGACGUCGACAAAUAAUCAGGAUCCAUUGUUUCAGCUGCAAUACGAAAAUGACGAUCAAUUGCAAUAUCGACUUUUAAUUAAAUCAAAGAGCUUAGAUUUGAUAUAUAAUCCAGAUGCACUUGAUUGGUGUCUAAAGUUCUUUACCAAAUCGAACAAUGUGCGACCAAUAAUAGAGAAUAAAUAUGAAACGGGAAAAGAAAAUAACUUUUUAAAUUCCUGGAAUCAGCUGCUGCUGGGCAAUGAGCCGAAUCGCAAGAGUUGGACCUUUGAAAUUGAAGUGUUUGCGCCACGUAUUAUAUUUUUGGAAAACUAUAAAAUCAACAAUUCGUUAAUGGUUCUUAUGGAUUUCGGCAAGUUUCAAUUGGUGAAAACCGAUUUUCAAAAGAAGAGCACAGUAUUCACCACAAAGACUGUAGAUAACUAUACCACCGAUAGCAAUGGUGACGAGGAGGAAACAUAUUUGACACCAUGCUCCACGCCACCGGGAUCUGAGAAAAGUGGUUCCGAGUCGCCCACGAUUCAUGAGAACUUCUUCAGGGAUGUGAUGAACAAGAACAGUCAAUUGGAAACCGUGUUGCAGAGUAAAAUUUACAAUACAUACACGAUCAAUUUCACAAAUCUACAAGUGCUAGUCUGUAAAUAUCAGGAGAGAUGGGAGACCAACUUGAAGUCGUCGUCCAACUUUCAUUUGAUUGACAAAUUCAAUAUUACAUUAACAAUUAAACAGCGAAUUGUCUUUACAUCUGAUCCGGAAUAUCCUUCCUUUACGCUAUUUGGCACUUGUCCCAUGAUCUUGAUUCAUGGAAAUGAAGAGCGCAUUAAACAUUUCCUAAAUAUUGUUUAUCCAAUUACAAAUAGCUCACGGUUCAGGGAUAAGAAAAUACACAAGCCGGAAAGUAAACUAAUCGCUGAUAAUUAUAAUGUUAAUGGAAGUCAUUUGGUUGUUCAAUUUGCAAUUGGCCAACUGAUUAUUGAAAUGCAAUCAAAGGAGAAAAGUAUUGCCGAACUGCAGAUCAUUGGAGCUAGAGCUGGUAUUAUAACGAUGGGCGGUAAAUCAACGAUAACAAUGUCGGUUCAUGGCUUACUACUUGUGGAUGCCAUUCAGUCAUUUGGCCCAGACUUUGAGCUAUUGGUCGCUAGCCAUCGAAACGUGGGCAUGGAUAGUUACUCUGGAAGUCUCAAACAUAGCACAGCCUGUUCACCUGUUUCACCCAGCUCACCUGAUCCAGCAGAUUACCAUAGACCAACCAGUCCACACAUCAUUAAGAAAGCCGUGCAAAAUAUUCAAAGCGAAUCGACAGAUUACUAUGAAGAAACGGAGUUAAAUGCUCUCAUAAACAUUGAUAUUGUGAUUAUUGCACCAAAUGCCAAUAAUCUGAACUAUGUGCACACUACCAAAAUUGCUUUCAAUAGCUUGGAAAUUAUUGCAAAUCAAGAAACAAUAUUAGAGCUGUUGAACUUCGCCGAAAGAAUUUUCAAUGGCCAACCAAUAAGGAAAAAUAUGAGCCACGAAAUCCCAAAAGAGACUGCGUUGGAGUUAAUUGAACCGGAAGAAUCCCUGAGUCACAACAAUAGUGAAAUCAUUUUUGAUUUCUUUCGCCUAAAUGUAUUAAUAUUAUAUACGACCAAAUUGGAUAGAUACGAUGUUGCCCGCAAAGUGGGAACAAUUACGAUAAGCGAAGCGAAAAUUAACAUUUCGAUGCAAUCGAGCUUAAAUGUCAUCGGAUCGCUGGGAGGAAUACAAAUCAUUGAUAUUACGCCGCAAGGUAUUAGACAUCAGCGUAUACUUUCAAUUGGCAAAGAUCCGGAAUCGGAAUAUAAUCGACAAUCAGUGCUUAAUAAACUCUCCAAUGAGAUUUAUUUAAAUAAUUCCGAUGAGGAUAAGAGUGAAGAAAUUGAGGCUCUCAGUUUUACGACUCAAUGGAGUAAUAAUACGGCAAUAAGUCUUCAAUUGAGAAUGGCAUCGGUUUCCUAUACUCAUAAUCCUCGUUUCCUGCAUGAUUUUAACUUUUGCAUUACAAGCUUUAAACAAAGUCUGAGAGAAUUUUUAACCUCAAUUGGUAAUAAAGCAACGGACAUAGCCAAAGAAUUUGUGCAGCAAAUAAAAGAUGUUAAUGCUCAAACAAAACCAGCGCUUUCCAGCAAAUCGAAUGAGGAAAACACAAGAAUAUCCCUUGAUGUUAUCAUUAAUAGUCCCAUCAUCGUGCUUCCCGUAUCGAAUGAUAGCAAAGAAGUUUUUAUAGCAAACUUGGGAAAACUUUGUUGCCGCAAUGAUAUUAAUGAAUCGUUAGAAAAUAUGCAAACAGAUGUGAUAGUUAAGUAUAUAAUAGAAGUAACCAAUAUUAAUUUAUUCUCAUUGAAUAUCAAUGAACAAAACGAAGAUUGGGCGUUCGCUUUACCCAUUGCAAGCCGAUUGUAUGCGAAUAAACAAAACGCCUUUCCAAUUUUGCACGAUACCGCGAUAUCCUUAAAAUUAAAUUUAGGAUAUGGAGAUGCCGAUGUGGAAGAAAGAAGAAUAGAAACACUCUCAGUGGAGGGCAGCAUGGUGGAAACUCUGAAAGUCACACUCUAUCGAAAGCAAUAUAAGAAUAUUUUAGAUUCUAUUAAAAAUGCCACAAACUUUUCGGAUGGCAACGAAAAUAUCAAACCAAAGAUACAUAAUGCAAAUACAACAAAUUCCAUAGAUUCCAGUAAUGACGUCCAACGUUUAAGUACUACUGUUAAGUUCUCAGUACCUGUUCUUGAAAUCAAUUUACAAAAUGAAAGUCACGAGCCUUUGGUCAAUGUCACGUUUAAGGACUUUUUUGUCAAACAUCGUAUUAGAGGCAGCGAUGAGCAUGUCAAAGUCAUACUCAACUCAGUGUUAAUGGAAGACUUAAAGUCGGACGUGUCGUCGCCUUUCAGAAAUAUGGUAACAUCACUAAAUCUGGAAAAUAGCUAUCGAAAGAACGGACAUUCAUCAUCAUCAUGUCCAGACCUACCAAGCUUUUGUAGCAAACAAAAGGCAAUGUCAACAUCUGUACCCUCCAACCUCUGUGAAUAUAUUAAGCUGAAAAAUAACCAAAAAGAACUCAAAUCGAAAUUAUGUAGCUCAAAAGACAUAAGCGAUCAGAAGAAACACAAUUUAGUCAUCUAUAGAUCGCAUACUAGACGACUACCUCAACAGACUUCCGAAACUAAAGUAGAAAGACAAAACUCCAUUGAGUUUAAUUGUUUGAAUUUAACAAUUUGUGUGGACAGAUGGUACACGAUAUUUGACUUCUUCGGCCUAAUUGCCGAGCCGGAGAAACCACAUCAUUUGAUAGAACGCAAAGAUAUUGUACCAGAAAGUAUUCCGGACUUUUGCAGUACCUUAAAUGUUUCGAUUCGCUCGUUAAACUUUAAUUUGACUCGCAAUGAAGCUGUUUUAACGAAAAUUAAUGUAUCCAAUGCAACUUUUUCGAUAAUACAAGAGGAGGCAUUUAAAGCUGUUGAAGGUUGCUUGGGUUCCAUUUCAGUGUACGAUCUGACCAAGUUUGGAUGCAUAUACAAGGAAAGAUUUCUAACUAGCGGCUCAGAGGCUUUAAAUUUUGUUUACAAGCGAAAACUUACUGAUCUGGAUCCCUCAAAUGUCAUCAAUGCCGAUGCUGUGCUCUGGAUUAAUAUGUCCACAGUUCAUUAUAUACACACCAAGCGUUUUAUAGUCGAACUACACUUAUUUAUCAAAGAGUUGCUGCAGUUGCAAACGCCCGUAAUAAGGAAAUUGAAACGGCAUAAUGUGGAUCGCGAUCGAGGUGAACAGUCGUCGAAGAUAAAGCUUUGUAUUCAAGCUGCUACACCUAUAAUUGUUCUCCCAGCAUGUUACAAUAGCAAUCAUGUUUUAAUCGCUUACCUUGGACAGUUUACUCUGAAGAACAGCUUUCACUUUGCUAAUGACGAGUGCAUCAUAAGUAAAAAGGGUAUUACACCAAAUCCAGAUGAGAUUUUGGACGUCAUGCGCAUCGAUUUGGUCAAUAUUAAUUUCUUCUCCGCCGAGCGUAAUGUACAAAAACUGGAAACAAACUAUGACAAGGAAAUAUUCAUUAAUAUUGCAAAUACAAUCUUCAUCAAGGGUAGUCCAAUAUUUAAAGAGUCGUGCUAUCUGAAUGUGCAAGUGGAGCGCAAUCUGACAACGGAGAGUACUCGAGUUUGCCCAGACAUUAGUGUGAAGGGAACCUUCUCCAGACUAAAUGCAACACUAAAUAUUCAGACAUACAAACUGAUUAGAGGACUUUUAGCCAACAAUAUGGGUGAGAAUAUUGAUGAUGUUCACAGCAACACAUUGAGCAAUAAUUUCUCAUCGAUGGAAACCUUUUCGGCAUUGAAUCUGUUCACCAAGACCGAGGAUUCGGUGAGAGUUUUGACGCUGCUGUCGAUAAGUAUUUUGCUGGAGGAUGUUUCAAUCUUGCUGGUGCUAAAUACAAAUACCAUGCCCGACUUUGUGCUGGAGCCUUUGGCCUGUAUUCACUUUAUACGCUCGCAACUGGAAAUCGAUAUGUUUAGCGAUGGUGCACAGGAUAUUGAUUUGAUAUCUAGCAACAUACUGAUUGUUGACGAAAGGCCUGAAGGUAAACAUAAUGCAAAUGUUUUUCGCAACGUGCUGCAGCCUUCAAAGAAAGCAACGCCACCAAAACAUUCCGCACAAGUCGAAAUACACUGCAGAAAAAGAGCAAGUCUAACUAAAUACACAAUUAUGUUGAAUGACAUGAGAGUUAUUGGCAUACUGGACUUCCUGGAUCAUCUAAAGAAGUUCUUGGAGGAAGACUCUUUGCCUGUGAUGUCAAUGAAUCAUAGAGCAAGUCAAGCGCUGCAAAUGGAUCAGGCGACUGCACAACCAGUAGAAGCCUCUGUGACCGAGUAUAUAAUAAAUGUGACAGACUCGGAAAUUAUCUUUGUGGAGCAGUACAAUCGCUUGGACUCAAAUGCUAUUAUAUUGAAGAGCACAACCGUCAUCUCCUACAAGCCGAAUAAUAGUUGUGUGCCGUUGUCUAUAAACAUUAAUCACCUGGAAAUCUUUUCCUGCACACUAGACGCCGAGGACGAAAGUGCGCUUUCCAUCAUUGAUCCCUUCACAUUGAAUAUUGAACUAAGAAACAAUUGCAUGAAUAUUGUUGUGCAUAAACAAUUGAAUAUACGAUUGUCGUAUAUUGAUAUGAAACUGUUUCUGCGCAUGAUUAGCAUGAUACCAAACCAAACUUCAACGCCUCCAAAUGCGCUUUCCAAAUCGAAUUCGGAAUUUGAAAAGAUUGCACCGCUGCUGGCAAUGGGAUUCGAAAUAACCAAUUGUUGGUACGCCAUGGAGUUGAACAAUUGGAAACUCAAUGAUGCGGCAUUGUGGCUUUCGCAGCAGAAGCGCAAGACGACACAGAAUCCAGCACUGGAGUUGAAGACCGCUGUUCUGGAUGCCAAUUGUAUAUCAAUGUGUGUGAUCGAUGAUUGCAUGGAUGCUGAUGUGCCACUCCUUGAAAUAUCCCUGACAAAGAUGCUGCUCAAGUAUAAAUUCCAAACCAAUGGCAUCGAGGUGGAUAAAUUGAGUAGCAAUAAUUCAGCUGAAGGAGAUUUGGAUACAGAAGUAACACUUAACUAUUACAAUCGUCGUUUGAGUGGCUGGGAACCUCUGGCGGAGAUUUGGCAAUGUGCUGCUAAAUGGAAAUACAAAAGACUCAAUUUCGAUAAGAGAAAACGUUUUGAGAUCUUCGUGAAUAGUAAGCAAUUGCUGAAGAUCAACAUUACCUCGACGCUCAUCGAACUGAUUCACAUGGUUGUCAAGAACUGGACCAGCGAUUUCCAUUCGCUCGACAAUGUGAAAAACUCCAAUUUCCGGCAACGUUCGCCUUAUGUUCCUUUUGCUCUGCAGAACCUGACGGGUUCAGCGCUGCUCUUUAAGCCUAUCUAUGCUCAACUAGGAGAUUUGACCGGCUCAGAGCUGCAUCAACUGGAGAUUAUCAAGAAUUGGAUAACUGUUGAACCGAAUGAAAUCAAGACCUUCGAUUUUAGUCAGAAGAGCAAGCUGAGGCACAUUGAUUCGCAUCUCCUCAAUCUGCAUCAAAUUUUAGUUCAAAUCCAUGGAUGGACGCUGAUUGGCCCGAUUUCUGUUGAUAAAGUUGGCAUCUAUUUCCGCUCCACAAUAUUGGAUUCGAAGUAUGAGAAGAAAACACGCAUCAUAUUUGACAUUUCGCUGAUGGGUUCGGCGCAAAAGCUGAUUAAAGUCAUGUCUCCACUGAAGAUCAUCAACAAAUUGGAUCAUGAAGUUUAUCUGAAGAAAGUGCUGAAUAAGAAUCAAGUGGAUGCAAUGACUGCCAUCAGCACAAUUACUCCAAAUGAUCAGCAGUGUGUGCCGUUGAAGUUCCUAGAUGCCUCGUUGUACAUCUCACAUGUGCCUAACGAUGGCAAGAGAUCCACGAACAAUGCAGAUGCCGAGGAUGUGGGAUUCAGCAAUGAUGAAAUCACGUGGAAACAUUGCUGCAAUGACAGCGUGCAUAAUCUGUACACUUGCUACGACAUCAAUAAGAGUAUUUUGUAUACCCUGAUUAGUAUUAGUAAGGAGAUGUAUCCUUACAAGGAUAAGACGAUGCCGGGUCAUACAAUUACGCUCUUGUCUCCCUUGAUGCUGAAAAACAUGCUCUGCUGUGAUUUGAGUUUCAAUAUAAACGGUAACAGCAUUGGCCGCAUCAAUGCCUUCCAAAGCAAGAAUAUAUAUAAUGUAAAUGUUUCUGAACCUUUUAACUUGAGCAUCACACUGGAUAACUUCCAAGUGUCCGGUCAACUAAAGAUUCCAACGAAUUUGAAUGGCAUUGUUGAGCCGAAGCUAAAGUUGAUUGAUGCUAAGAAAAGAGAACUACAUCUGCACAUAUCGAUUCAUGGCACCAAAGGCAAGGGGAUCGAGAUCUACAUUAGUGCUCCCAUCUGGAUUAUCAAUAAAACUGGAUUGCCGCUUAUCUUCAAGCAGGAAGGAGCUACUAAUAUUGGCGCUGGACAAUUCGAAGAGCAUGAAACGGCGCGACAAAUUUCUCCGCUUAUGUUUUCCUUCUCCGAUCAAGAAGGUUCGCCCUCUUUAGAAGUGCGACUGGGCAACUCCUUUGGCACCAACAAUCAGUGGUGCAAAAGUUUCUCGCUGAUUAAGCACAUCACACACAGAGAGCUGCGUACAGAAGGCGGACCAGGAUGCUAUACAAUUGGCAUAAGUGUGCGUCGCGGACGUGGCUUCUAUUCGAGCACGACCUUUGUGACAAUGGCCCCACGUUUCCAUCUGUAUAACAAAAGCGGACAUCCGCUGCAGUUUGCUCAAAAGUGCAACGUUGUGCAGAAUGAAUACGCAAAAUCUUCGCACAUUAUUUCGGCUCCAAUUGAUUGCAACUUUCAAUUCCAUUGGGCGAAUUGGGAUCGGGAACCUUUGAUUUGUGUGCGCAUCGCAGAUGUAGAAUGCUGUUGCUGGUCGAAGGGCAUUCCGAUCAGCGACGAGCAAAGCUUGUACAUAAACGUUCGGAAUGAAUGGUGUGAAAUGUUCUUUUUGAGGCUGGAAAUCAUAUCCAGAGACGCAACACUUAUACUGCUCUUCACGGAUGCUCGAAGUUUGCCACCGCCCAUCAGAAUCGACAAUUUCUCCGAGGUGGUUGUGAACUUUUCUCAGAGAGGCUCAAGACCCGUUUGGUCCACACCAGUAAGACCGCAGUCUUCAUUGUCAUAUGUGAUGGAUGAUCCCUUGGGAUCACAAAUAUUGCUUUUGGAGGCACCUGGCGGCAAUAUUAAUGAAUUCUCUGUGGAAUUGGGAAACAGCCCUAAAUCAUUAACUUAUUCAAACUUUAUAUAUAUAGCGUUUCACAAUACUUUCGAUCAGUUCAAACGCGAUGGCGAUAAACCCGAUGAUAAAUAUCAACAGCUAGUUCUGGGUGUUUAUGACAAAAGAGUUGUCAUUAUGGAAAAGAAUUCGGGUGAUCGUUCGCAACUGUGGCUAAUGAAUUCAAAUGGUCAACUGGAGCACGAAGGAUCCACGCCGCCUGUUCAAUCAAACGAAGGCAGCGCUGUGCGCAUGGUGUUGGAUCUGGAGAAGCCACCAAAUCCAACAGAGUUCACUCCUCUCGUAGUGCGCACGCCGAACAAACAGAGAGUCACCACGCAAACAUGGAGGUUUGAGAACGGUCGUCUUAUGUGUCACGCCAAUAUGUGCGUGCAGUCUCCAAAUGGCAAAUCAGGUUUGAGGCCUGGUGCUCAAGCAGUUUUAGGGCGCAUUAAACAUAGUUCAAAAACUUCGGACUCAAUUCCGAUCCAACAACAUCUGGUUGCUCAAAAGCUAAGACCAGGCUCCGGUCAAUUGGAGAUUUCCUCUAAAAUGGAUGGACCGAUUCGUACAGUGCAAAUUUGUGAUAUUAAGCUAAAACCAAAUGAAAUUAUAUUGGCACCGGAUUUACUUUGGACUCAUGCGUCCUUCAACAACAGACAGAUUAUGGACAAGACCAAGCCGCAAGCUGUGCUCGAAUUUCAGGUAAAUGUGGAGCUGCCAAAAGGAAUCGGCAUAUCAAUUAUUACGCUCAAGCCUUGCGAAGAAAUUGUUUACAUCAGCUUGGACAAUAUAAUUGCUGAGAUUAGAGACAGCUCUUUGGAAAAGUCACUUGAUCUGAAUAUUGCCUAUAUCCAGGUGGACAAUCAGCUAAUGGAUGCAGCCAGUCAAGUGACGUUGCACAGUGUAAUCCCAGCUGCCGAUGAUGUGCAGAAGAAUGCCUUGUUGCUGAAGGUGAAAAUGUUGCCCAGUCCCAAUAAGCACGCUUUGAUAUUCGAAUAUCUGACAUUGGAUGUUAAGCCUUGCACAAUGUGUCUGGAGGAGAAACUCAUACUGAAGAUUGCCGCUUUUCUUGGCUAUGGCAGAGAGAGCAAACAGAAUACAUUUCUGCCUAGUGAUUAUGAAGAUUUUGUGAAAAAAUCUCUGGAGAACGACAUGAGAAGAUACUACUUUGAAUCCUUUAGAAUCGAGCCAAGUCAGGUUCGUCUAUCGGCAUGCACUUCGUCGAAAUUGCCAGAAGAACUGCAAGCUACGAAAAAAGCCUUGGGUCUGACGUUGAUUAAAUUCGAAGAUGCAUUAAUAGAUUUGGAUUAUUUCUCGGACAAGUAUCACUUUGAAACCAUCGACAUCUAUCUGCGAGCAAUCAAGAAGCAUUAUAUUAACCAAAUCAAAUGGCAUGCCGCAUCGAUACUGGGAAGCGUUGAUUUCCUGGGAAAUCCUUUGGGAUUUGCCAAUGAUCUGUCGGAGGGCGUAUCUGGACUUAUAUUUGAGGGGUCGGUCAAAAGUUUGGUGAAGAAUGUGACGCAUGGCAUCUCGAAUUCGACGGCCAAGCUAACAGAAACUUUAUCAGAUAGUUUGGGUAAAGUUGUGCUGGACGAUCACGAUAACGAGACAAGGCAACGAAUUUUGGAGCUACAAUCAAACACAUCUGGUGGUCAUCUGGCAGCGGGUAUCAAAGGAUUUGGAUUUGGACUGCUCGGCGGCGUCACAAGUAUUGUGCGGCAUACGUACGAUGGUGCGGCAGCUGAUGGCGUGCCAGGCUUUCUGAGUGGCCUGGGAAAAGGUCUCGUUGGCACGGUGACAAAGCCUAUCAUUGGCAUGCUCGACUUGGCAUCGGAGACAGCAAGUGCUGUGCGUGAAACCAGUCGAGAUACACAUCGAAAUUCUCCCAAUCGCAAGCGUUUGCCACGUUGCAUUACCGGUGCUCCUGGUGGACUCUUGCCUUCAUAUUCUAGUCGCCAGAGUAAAGGACAACAGUAUCUUUACUUGAUCAAUCGUAAGAACUUCGCGGAAAAGAUCAUAUUCUAUGAGCCGAAUAUUUAUAGCGAUAAAGAGUCAAGAUUACGCCUGUUGGUUUCCACCGAAUAUGUGCGUCAUUUUUCCUUGUGUGAAGAAAAUCCAACGGUGAUGUUUGAGUGUCAUCUCAGCGAGAUUCUAUCAUGCCAUCAUGUGACAACCAACACAGCGACCACGUCAACGGCAAGCAAAACGACAUCGAGUUAUUAUAUAGAAAUAUCAAUAAACUUACCAAAAAUUACAAGACCACGAAUUCGAUGUAGAAACGAAGAGUGUGCUGAAGCUGUAUCAAGAUGUAUAAAUUACGCUAAAAGUGUUUUCGAUGAACGUGAAAUGUCGCUCACUAAAUACUAAAACUAAUCUUAAUAAAUAAUUAUUUUGUAAAUAUUUAAACCUAAUAGUUUUGUAGUGUUACGAAUGAGUAAAGGGUUUUAAAAACGGAUGAUCUGUAAACUUGUUUAAAACAACAUCUUUACUUAUGAUUCCCAUGGCUGAGCCACUGUAGCUUUAAUCCCGAAUGCAUCACAGGUGAAAUGUACUCAAAUAAAUAGUUUACCAGUAAAAACAUUGAAUAGCUAGUUACUUAUAUUUGGUUUUGUUUUUUAUUAAAGAGCCGUUCCCAUAAAUUGUGGAACUUUGUCUAUUUACUAAAUUAAGCUUGAGUUAACUGAGUCAGCUCUCUCAAUACACGGUUAAAAAUAUAAAUGGUGUAAAGCUAUUUAAAAAAUCUUUAAGAACAUAAACAGCUUUAUUUAAAUAGAAUGCGGUUAAAAUUGAACUCUCCGUCAUUGAGAAAAUUAACCCAAUUAAUAUUAAGGAAUGAAUAAAUAUAUUUAAUGUUCGAGAGUUAGCGUUAUGUAUAAAAAGCACAUUGAUUCCACAAAACACCGCGCGGCAAAGAAUGUACUUAAGGCUUAAUGGGU